UCUCUCUCUCUCUCUCGCUCUCGUCUUCCUUCUUUUUCUUCUUUCUUCUUUCUUCCAUGCUUCCACAACCCACCACCUCUUUUUUGUAAAGUUCAGUAAGACUGUUUCGGGUUUUCUUUUCUUGUUUGUUUGCUUGGAAAAUCUUCGUAUCAGCUGCUUUAUUUCCUGGUCAUUUUUUAGUGUUUUGGUUUCUCGACUCUUCUCGGGCAUUUUCUCCACUAAGACGUCGUUUGGCUGCCGAGAAAGCACAAGUGCACUGGAGGGAAGCUUUUUGUUUUAUCUGGGUUUGAAUCUAAUAUUGUCAACAAAUUGUAAUUCCUAUUCCUUUCCUAUAUUUUCUCAUCAAUCAAACAGGGAGAAUUGUUGCUGUUUGGAGUGAAGCUUUUAUUGGGUCUCUAAUUUCAGGAACAACAUUGGUCAUUUCAACUUUUCACUGCUGCAGAAAUUUUCCUGUAGUCCCAGAGGGAAACGUCUCUUGAAUUGAGAAGUUUCCACUUCUUGAGUUGGGGUCCCAUCAGCAGAAAGUGGUGCAGAAUGUCGAAGUCAGCUCCAACUCUGAAAGCUUCUUAUGCCCUUAUCAUUUUCAUAUUAUGCUUCUUCCGUACAUCCUUCUCAAGUGCAACCCAUUCUGGUGACAUUGAGUUAUUAAUCACUCUCAGAAACUCUCUUGUCCAAAGAAGAAAUGUUAUUCCAAGUUGGUUUGACCCAGAGAUUCCACCAUGCAACUGGACUGGUAUAAGAUGUGAGGGUUCUAUGGUCCGUCGAAUAGAUUUAUCCUGUUCUUUGUUGCCUUUGGAUCUUCCAUUUCCAAAUCUUACUGGGGAAUUGAGAAAUCUAAAGCACCUUAAUUUCAGCUGGUGUGCACUCACUGGUGAGAUUCCUCCAAAUUUUUGGAGUCUAGAAAAUUUGGAGACUUUGGACCUGAGUGGCAAUAGGUUGUUUGGCGUACUGCCAUCGAUGGUGUCUAACCUGAAAAUGCUCAGAGAAUUUGUGCUUGAUGACAAUAACUUUUCUGGCAGCUUACCCUCCACCAUUGGUAUGCUCGGAGAACUUACUGAGCUCUCAGUCCAUGCAAACUCAUUCUCUGGGAAUCUUCCAUCAGAACUUGGAAAUCUUCAGAAUUUGCAGUCCCUUGAUCUUAGCCUAAAUUCCUUCUCUGGAAACCUACCUUCCAGUUUAGGAAAUCUUACGAGGCUCUUUUAUUUUGAUGCCAGUCAGAACAGAUUCACUGGUCCCAUUUUUUCAGAGAUUGGAAAUUUACAGAGGCUUCUAUCACUUGAUCUCUCAUGGAACUCAAUGACUGGACCUAUACCGAUGGAAGUGGGCAGAUUGAUCAGCAUGAAUUCAAUUAGUGUGGGAAACAACAACUUUAAUGGGGAAAUACCAGAAACAAUUGGCAAUCUGAGAGAACUUAAGGUACUUAAUGUCCAAAGUUGCAGACUGACUGGGAAAGUUCCAGAAGAAAUCUCUAAGCUGACCCACUUGACUUACCUAAAUAUAGCGCAGAACAGUUUUGAGGGUGAAUUGCCCUCAAGCUUUGGCAGGUUGACAAAUCUAAUUUACCUUCUUGCUGCCAAUGCGGGACUUAGUGGAAGGAUUCCAGGGGAAUUGGGUAACUGCAAAAAGCUCAGGAUUCUAAAUUUAUCCUUCAACUCACUGUCUGGUCCAUUACCUGAAGGUCUCAGGGGGCUGGAAUCUAUUGAUUCACUAGUACUUGAUUCAAACCGCCUGUCAGGUCCAAUUCCCAAUUGGAUUUCCGACUGGAAGCAAGUUGAGUCCAUUAUGUUAGCUAAAAACCUGUUUAAUGGGUCACUUCCUCCCCUUAAUAUGCAGACCCUGACCUUACUUGAUGUUAAUACCAACAUGCUUUCUGGUGAGCUGCCUGCAGAAAUAUGCAAAGCCAAAUCAUUGACCAUUUUAGUGCUAUCAGAUAACUAUUUCACUGGUACUAUUGAGAACACCUUCAGGGGAUGUUUGAGUCUCACAGAUCUGUUAUUGUAUGGCAACAAUCUCUCUGGUGGAUUACCUGGUUAUCUGGGAGAGCUUCAGCUGGUUACGUUGGAACUGUCAAAAAACAAGUUCUCCGGAAAAAUUCCUGAUCAACUGUGGGAGUCUAAAACCCUUAUGGAGAUAUUGCUCAGCAACAAUUUGCUUGCAGGUCAGCUUCCAGCUGCUCUUGCUAAAGUUUUGACAUUGCAGAGGCUGCAGUUGGAUAAUAAUUUCUUUGAAGGGACCAUUCCAAGUAACAUCGGAGAACUAAAAAAUCUCACUAAUUUGUCACUGCAUGGAAACCAAUUGGCUGGAGAGAUCCCUUUGGAACUUUUCAAUUGUAAGAAGUUAGUAUCCCUGGAUCUGGGUGAAAACAGGCUUAUGGGUUCAAUUCCAAAAUCUAUAUCACAGUUGAAACUGCUUGACAAUCUGGUACUAUCCAAUAACCGAUUCUCUGGUCCAAUUCCUGAAGAGAUCUGCUCUGGGUUUCAAAAGGUGCCCUUACCGGACUCUGAGUUCACCCAGCACUAUGGCAUGCUUGAUUUAUCUUAUAAUGAGUUUGUGGGCUCCAUACCAGCAACAAUUAAGCAGUGCAUUGUUGUGACAGAGCUACUGUUGCAGGGAAACAAGCUUACUGGUGUCAUUCCUCAUGAUAUUUCAGGUCUGGCAAACUUAACCUUGCUUGAUCUGUCUUUCAAUGCUUUGACAGGGCUAGCUGUACCAAAGUUCUUUGCUUUGAGAAACCUUCAGGGGCUUAUCCUUUCCCAUAACCAGCUAACAGGAGCCAUCCCUGUUGAUCUGGGCUUGUUGAUGCCAAACUUAGCCAAGCUUGAUUUGUCAAACAACUGGCUAACUGGCUCACUGCCUUCAUCCAUAUUCAGCAUGAAGAGCCUGACCUAUCUAGACAUUAGCAUGAAUUCUUUCUUGGGUCCCAUUUCUCUUGAUUCUAGAACCAGCAGUUCUUUGUUGGUUCUAAAUGCCAGCAACAACCAUUUGUCUGGUACCCUUUGUGACUCGGUAUCAAAUCUAACAUCCCUUUCUAUCCUAGAUCUUCACAACAACACACUCACAGGCAGCUUGCCUUCUUCACUGUCAAAACUUGUUGCCUUGACAUACCUUGAUUUCUCCAAUAACAAUUUCCAAGAGUCUAUCCCAUGCAAUAUUUGUGACAUAGUAGGCCUUGCCUUUGCCAAUUUCUCUGGCAACAGAUUCACUGGCUAUGCACCAGAGAUUUGCUUGAAGGACAAACAGUGCUCAGCACUCCUACCUGUUUUCCCUUCUUCUCAGGGAUACCCAGCUGUGAGAGCUCUGACCCAAGCCUCUAUCUGGGCUAUUGCACUGAGUGCCACUUUCAUCUUCCUAGUCCUGCUCAUAUUUUUUCUCAGAUGGAGGAUGCUGAGGCAAGAUACUGUAGUUCUUGACAAGGGAAAGGACAAGCUAGUGACAGCAGUUGAGCCAGAAUCCACUGAUGAGCUGCUGGGCAAGAAGCCAAAGGAGACACCUAGCAUCAAUAUUGCAACAUUUGAGCACUCUUUGCGGAGGAUGAAGCCUUCAGACAUCUUAUCAGCAACUGAAAACUUCAGCAAGACUUACAUUAUUGGUGAUGGUGGGUUUGGUACAGUUUAUAGAGCCUCACUACCAGAGGGCCGAACAAUUGCUGUCAAAAGGCUCAAUGGAGGACGUCUGCAUGGUGACCGGGAAUUCCUGGCUGAAAUGGAGACAAUUGGAAAGGUUAAGCAUGAAAACCUGGUCCCACUCCUUGGCUACUGCGUCUUUGACGAUGAGAGGUUUUUAAUAUACGAGUAUAUGGAGAAUGGGAGUCUUGAUGUGUGGUUGAGGAACCGGGCAGAUGCAGUUGAGGCACUUGACUGGCCAACCCGAUUCAAGAUCUGUCUGGGCUCAGCCAGAGGGUUGGCCUUUCUGCAUCAUGGCUUUGUUCCCCACAUCAUUCACAGAGACAUCAAGUCAAGCAAUAUCUUGUUAGACAGCAAAUUCGAGCCACGGGUUUCAGAUUUCGGCCUAGCAAGAAUCAUCAGUGCAUGUGAGAGCCAUGUUAGUACUGUUCUUGCUGGGACCUUUGGAUAUAUUCCUCCUGAGUACGGGCAGACCAUGGUGGCAACAACCAAGGGUGAUGUCUACAGCUUUGGGGUAGUGAUUCUAGAGCUGGUGACAGGGAGGGCACCAACAGGUCAGGCGGAUGUGGAGGGUGGGAAUCUGGUGGGGUGGGUGAAGUGGAUGGUGGCAAAUGGGAGGGAAGAUGAGGUGCUGGAUCCUUACCUUUCAGCUAUGACAAUGUGGAAGGAUGAGAUGUUGCAUGUGCUUUCAACAGCUCGAUGGUGCACUUUGGACGAUCCAUGGAGGCGGCCUACCAUGGUGGAGGUGGUGAAGCUGUUAAUGGAGAUUAAUCCCGCGACUAACUGAAACUGUAAGUGACUAUAAUUACAUAUAUAUGUAGUUGACCUAUAAUUGAGAAUCUACACAAGUAUGUAAAUAAGUGAUUUGGAGUAGAACUGUGCUAUGAAAUUCAAUAUAACAUCCUCUGAACUCUGCAGACCACCAUGGAAAUGGGACUGCAGCUUCUCUUCUUAUGUCAAGAGGAGGAGGAUGCUAAGUUUGAGAA